UAUCCUCUCAUCCUCGUGUGAUGUCCUCACAGAUCCGGAGACGCUUCCCGAGACAUGGAUCAGACAGAAUCAGCAGCGCUGCACAAACCGAGCUCGUUCAGCAUCACGAGUCUGCUGCUUCCGUCUAACAGCGACAGACACGGCUCGACGCGUCCGGAGAGCAGCACCGAUCCGACACGGUCACCGGAGGACCCCGGGACGCCGGAGCGCGCGGAGACACGUGAUGCUGAAGGGGAAACCGGCACGAACCCGAGGCUCCACAAGCCACCCUUCAGCUACAACGCGCUGAUCAUGAUGGCGAUCAGACAGAGCCCGGACAAGAGACUGACGCUGAACGGGAUCUACGAGUUCAUCACGAGGAACUUUCCGUUCUACCGGGAGCACAAGCAGGGCUGGCAGAACUCCAUCCGACACAAUCUGAGUCUCAAUAAAUGCUUCGUCAAAGUGCCCAGACAUUACGAUGACCCGGGGAAGGGUAACUACUGGAUGCUGGACCCCUCGAGCGAUGACGUGUUCAUCGGCGGAAGCACGGGCAAACUCCGGAGGCGCUCGGCGAGCUCUCGAGGCAAGCUGGCCAUCAGACGAGCACUGCGCGGUCCCGCGCUCGGGCUGACGGAGAACAGUCCUCUGUACUGGCACAUCUCGCCUCUGUUAUCAUUACACCCGCAGCCGUACACCGGAGCGACGCACGCGCUUCUGAGUCCGGCGCACGGUUACGGGUGUCCGGUCCCCGACGGUCGGGACGUGCUUCGGCCCGUUCUGGGGAGCUCUGGCGGUCCUCUCGGUCUGACGAACUCUUACGGGAUGAGCUCGUCCCCCGUGGGGCUGUUACCCGUCCCACCCGGGCUCCUCAGUGACCCCGUCCGGACCGUGUCCUUCUCUGCUCUGUCCCGGCAGCACACCGUCUCUCCGGACUCCUUCUGAACCGACGGGCGACGGAUUCCGUUGAUCUAAUCAAUGCUUCCGUGCAGUUUAACGAACAUAACCGAGCUGGGUUUCGUUUGUGUGCGCUUCGAAAGCGCAAGAACCUUUUGGUGAAAAGUUGCCAGUUAAUACGAUUUAACGGAAUAUUUAUAUGCUUUUCGAAGUCGAGUUAAUUUAUUUCUUGUCAUGUGCACCCACGAUCCUCAGUAGUCCUGCUGAAUGAUUGUGUUCAUGUCUGAACUGGAGAAGACAGAAGGACAAGAGUCAGAGACGCUUUUAUUUAUUUCCAUUCUCUCAGGUCCCCUCACACACACACACACACACACACACACACACACACACACGCACACACACACGCUAUUGUGAUAAUAUGAAGCUCACAGACACAUGUCAAACACAUGAUAUCACUGUAAUAAACUCUUCAGUAGCACACACAAAUACCACGCACGAGGCUUUGUCUUUAUUGUUUGUCUUUUAUAAUAAAUAAAACAUUAAGGAGAAUCUCGGACCAUGACUGGACACACUUGUUAAA